AUGGAGAACCCACAUGAGGAGAGGCAGUCCCUGCUACUCGAACGAAUCACAAAGAGCGUACACCGACUCAACGAAGCACUACUAGAACUCGACCAAUCCGUCGUUGAAAUCAAUAACCACAACCAGGCGAUCACCAUCGUAUCCGACCUGUCCGAGGCUUACCGACGAAACGCAGCAUUCAACUUGGCAAACAUGGAAGCUGCCGACGACGAUGGGCUCAGCAAGCCGUCUAUGGACUAA